AUGUCCGGACGUGGUAAAACUGCAGGAAGUGGCAAGGCUCGCGCCAAAGCCAAAACUCGUUCAUCACGAGCAGGUCUUCAAUUUCCAGUUGGUCGUAUUCAUCGUCUUCUUCGACGUGGUAACUAUGCUGAACGUGUCGGUGCUGGUGCUCCAGUUUACUUGGGUGCUGUCCUCGAAUACUUAUCAGCUGAAAUUCUUGAAUUAGCAGGCAAUGCUGCACGAGAUAACAAGAAGACACGUAUCAUUCCGCGUCAUCUUCAAUUAGCCAUCAGAAAUGAUGAAGAAUUGAACAAAUUAUUAUCGGGUGUAACAAUUGCUCAAGGUGGUGUCUUGCCAAACAUUCAAGCUAUUCUUUUACCAAAGAAGACAGCUGAAGGUGGUCCAGUCUCUGCUCCAGCUUCAGGAUCAGCUGGUCCAAGCAAAAAGAAACCAGCCGGUGACAAACCAGCUGGAUCAAGUGGAAAAGCAGCUGAAAAAGCUUAA